GAUUGAUUUGAAAUAAUGCACUGCGACAUUCCAAUGGGAUGAUAGUUUGAUUAAAAAUUAAAUACUUAAACUAUAUUUUAUGAGACAAAAAUAUAACAUUUAGCAGCAAUUUCGUUCUAGAACAGUUGAACUUAAAUGUUUACCAAUUUCGUACACUCUUCGAGGGGAAGUAAAUUCAAGUAAUUAAAUUUCAACAACAAAAUGUCACUUCUUCAUAAACAAGCUUUAAAACAGCGAGUUGGUGGUUUGCCACCAAUGCCACCGCCAGGUGUUGGGGGUGCAAAGAAAAUGCCUGGACUUGGUAGACAAAGAGACUAUACACCAGUUUACUGGGACAAAUAUUUCGAGCAUAUGCAUGAUGUGAAAGUUGGAGAAAAUAUAUUUCGUGUAUAUGAGUGUGGAACAGAAGGCCCUGUUCUUCUAUUCCUGCAUGGAGGAGGUUUCUCUGCCCUUUCAUGGGCAGCUCUGUCGAGCGCUGUGUCCCACUUGGUGAAGUGUCGAUGUGCUGCCAUUGAUCUUAGGGGACAUGGUGACAGUGUCUCUACAGAUGAAACAAACCUUUCUGCUGAAGUAAUGUCCAGUGAUGUUGGUGGAGUGGUACGUGAGCUAUUUGGAGAGGAACCACCACCCAUUGUCCUGGUGGGACAUAGUAUGGGAGGAGCGAUAGCUGUGCACACAGCAGUGGGAGGUAUGAUCCCCUCGCUGGCGGGACUUAUCGUGAUUGACGUCGUAGAGGGCACUGCUCUGGAGGCUCUCACGAGUAUGCAGUCCUUCCUGAGGGGCAGACCCAAGGUGUUCAAGUCCAUGGAACACGCUAUCGAGUGGUGUGUGCGGAGUGGUCAGGUGAGAAACCUGGAUUCUGCCAAGGUGUCCAUGGUUGGCCAGAUGAAAAGGGUGGAUACUAAUGAGACAGCCUCCUCAGAACUGGACCAUCAGCAUCAUGCAGACCCCAACGAGGCCCCUGCCACACACACCCCUUCUGUCCCUGAAACUUUGCACAAAACUACACAUGUUGAUGCUAUUAUGGAGGAGGAAGAACCGGAGGAGGAGGAGGAGGAAAAUGAAAUUCAAAGUUCAAAGCCAGCCUAUCAUGAUGUGUUGGAUGGUCAUGCUGCUGUUCACCAUUCGCCAUCAGCCAAUCAGACAGUGGCAGAAGGUCAAAGGUCCCAACAAUCGGACAACAAGAACAAAGGUCAUAGUGCAGCAGAGUUCAAAGUUCCAGAGCCUCAGCCCCACCAGUACACCUGGCGUAUAGACCUGUCUCAGACAGAGCCCUUCUGGAGGGGGUGGUUUGAGGGCCUCUCCAGCAAAUUCCUCUCAUGUGAAGUGCCCAAGAUGUUGCUCCUAGCAGGUGUAGACAGGCUAGACAAAGACCUAACCAUUGGGCAGAUGCAAGGCAAAUUCCAAAUGCAAGUUCUUCCCAAGAGUGGCCAUGCAGUACAUGAGGAUGUGCCAGAACAGGUGGCGGAAGCGCUGGCUACGUUUCUGACCAGAUACAAAAUGGCUCAGGCAACUGCAAACUUUGAACCUAUGUUCCCAGGCUGUUGAGAAGUGACAGAAAAUCCUGAAGUCUUGUCUGAAGCUUUGGUUCCCGCAUAUGGCGUACAACCCAUUUUUGCAUGAGGUUGUUGAAAGUAUAUGCACAGAGUGCUUAGUUAAAACCAUUUGGCGGUUGUGUCUUACAGUUGUCCAUAAAUCGAGUUUGUUACAUGCACAAGCCUUGCUUGAACACAAUGUUUUGUGCUAUUUGUACUUAUAUAUAAGUAUAAGAAAUGUUGUUUGUUCCAGUUGAUAUUUAUUGCAUUUUUUGGGAAAGCUGAGCACAUAUUUUACAUUUGGAGAUAGGUAUGUUACUAUUUAUUGUUUCAUUUUUCAUGCUUAACAGAUCUUGAAUAUUUUUCAAAAAUCACUGUAAAAAUGUGUUCAAUUAAUAAGAUAACUAAUUGAGCAUAAUAAAGCAAUAUGAAUGAAUCUUAGUUUUAUAAUCUUUUCUCUCAGCUGACCAAGGAAUUGUUGUGCAGGAUUUCAAUAAUGAACUAUAUUAUUUCAGUAUUAUAUUUUAUUGUACUACUUUAUUUAUUGUUUAUUAUCAUAUUUUAACAAAGGUAAUUCCUGGCCUUUGUGAGUAAUACUGUUUUAAGGCAAUUUACUCAAUUACUGAAUAAAAUUUUAACUAUGUGAUUUAAUAUAAAAAAUACACGUGAGUUAACAUGUUCUUGAUUUAACAAAAUUUUCUGGUACAGAUGUCCAAACCUUUCUGUCCCUCCUGAUCAAGUUAAAAACCCUUUAUUUCACAAAUAUCUGUAUUCAAAAUAGGAGAUUUGAUUGAAGUGCAAUAAGCAUGCUGCAGCUGUCACAUUGAUCACAAUGACAUGUACUAACUUUCAUUUGACAUGCUUACAACUGUUUUUAACAACUAAAUAUAGCAUCACUCAAAUUAAAAAGCAUGGAUUACAACAAAGGGAUAAUCCAGAAGUAUAAAUCCAACAAACUGUGAACAAGCGUAUCAUUAUAAGUCAAUUACUCAAUGCAAGUGUUAAAAUAGGAACUUUAUAAUAUGCCUGUUUGUUUCUUAGGAUUAAAUGAAUCACACAACUUAAGAAGGUAAAAAUCUGCCCUUGUUAUGAUUCUAAUACCAAAGUGUUAAUAAUUUUAAUUAUGAUAAUUGUAAUAAUUCUUAACAAUUAGGGGAAACAAUUUCUGUUUUAAUUAUGCACUCUGUUUAUGGUGUAAAAAUCAAAUAUUUUACUGAAUAAUUGAAUUGUAUACUCUAUGUAUUCAAAGAUCUAUCAAUGAACAUAUAGAUCUUUGGUAUUUUGUAUAACAGAAAAUAACCAUUUGAAUGGUACAGUUUGUUCCAAAUCAUUACGUAAUAGCUAACAGUUUAAACGUGCCAUAGUUUUCUGUGAAGUGAACCUCUGAUUAGACUUCAUGUGCAACACUUUAGCAGGGUAAUUGUUAUCAGUUUGACGUGCAACAAUUUGUGUUAGUUGGGGCCUAAUCAAAUAAAGUGUACUAAUAUGGUUAAAGCGAAACUUUGUUAACGUCAAAGGUCACAUUUAUUUCACAAUCACGAAACUUGCUCAUAGAAUUUGUCUUAAUGAUAUCUCAACUGAGUUAAAAAGAUCUGGUCCAUUAAAAAAUGUUGCUGACAGGGGAGUAAGUAUGGUCCCUUGGGGUCUGAGGUGAGGGUCCAAGGUCCGUUGGGCCUUUUUUUAGCUCACCUGAUUGCUCAGAUGAGCUUUUGUGACCGGUCUUUGUCAGUCGUCUUUCCGUCCGUCCGUCCACAUUUGUUUGUAAACACUCAAGAGGCCACAUUUAUUGUCAGAUCUUCAUGAAACUUGGUCAGGAGCUUAGUCCCAAUGAAAUCUCAGUCGAGUUCGAAACUGGGUCGUGCCGGGUCAAAAACUAGGUCGCUAGGUCAAAAAAAAAGAAAAAAAUUGUAAGAACUGUUGAAGUCACAUUACAUGCCCAACUGCAUGUAACUUUGUCAAAAUGUUUGUCUUAAUGAUAUGUUGGUUGAGUUCAAAAGUGGUACCGGUCCGUUGAAAAACAUGGCCGCCAGUGGGCGGGGCAGUUUUCCUUAUUUGUCUAGAGAAAAACCUUGUAAACACUCUAGAAGUCACAAUUUUUUCCCAAUAAUCAUGAAAGUUGGUCAAAACAUUGGUUUUAUUGAUAUCUCGGACGAGUUUGAAAAUGGUCCAGAUAGGUGAAAAAACAAGGCCGCCAGUGGGCGGGGCAUUUUUCUCUAUUUGUAUAUAGUGAAAAGAUGUGAACACUCUAGAAAUCACAUUUUGGCCCAAUUUUAAUGAACUUUGGUCAGAACAUUUGUUUCCUUGAUAUGAGAGUUAAGUUCGAAAAUGGUUCCAGUCAGUUGAAUAACAUGGCUGCCGGGGGGGGGGGGGGGGCAGUUUUCCUUAUUUUGCUAUAGAGAAACCUUGUAAACACUCUAGAAGUCACAAUUUUUGCCCAAUCAUCAUGAAAGUUUGUCAAAACAUUGGUUUUAUUGAUAUCUCGGACGAGUUCGAAAAUUGUCCAGAUCAGUGAAAAAACAUGGCCGCCAGUGGGUGGGGAAUUUUUCUCUAUAUGUAUAUAGCGAAAAGAUGUGAACACUCUAGAAGUCACAUUUUUGCCCAAUUUUCAUGAAAUUUGGUCAGGACAUUUGUUGAAAAACGGUUCCGGUCAGUUGAAUAACAUGGUUGCCUGGGGGGAGGGGCAGUUUACCUUAUUUGGCUAUAGAGAAACCCUGUAAACACUCUAGAAGUCACAAUUGUUGCCCAAUCAUCAUGAAAGUUGGUCAAAACAUUGGUUUAAUUGAUAUCUCUGACGAGUUUGAAAAUGGUCCAGAUCGGUGAAAAAACAUGGCCGCCAGUGGGCGGGGCUUUUUUCUCUAUAUGUAUAUAGUGAAAAGAUGUGAACACUCUAGAAGUCACAUUGUUGGCCCAAUUUUUAUGAAAUUUGGUCAGACCAUUUGUUUCCUUGAUAUGAGAGUUGAGUUCGAAAAUGGUUCCGUUCAGUUGAAUAACAUGGCUGCCGGGGGUUGCAGUUUUCCGUAUUUUGCUAUAGAGAAACCUUGUAAACACUCUAGAAGUCACAAUUUUUGCCCAAUCAUCAUGAAAGUUCGUGGAAACAUUGGUUUAAUUGAUAUCUCGGACAAGUUCGAAAAUGGUCCAGAUCGGUGAAAAAACAUGGCCGCCAGUGGGUGGGGCAUUUUUCUCUAUAUGUAUAUAGUGAAAACAUGUGUACACUCUAGAAGUCACAUUUUUGGCACAAUUUUCAUGAAAUUUGGUCAGAAUAUUUGUUUCCUUGAUAUGAGAGUUGAGUUCAAAAAUGUUUACGGUCAGUUGAAUAACAUGGCUGCUGGGGGGGGGGGGGGCAGUUUUCUUAUAAUUAUACAUAGUAAAAAAAAAGCGUGUGAACACUCUAGAAGUCUAUUUUUUUGCCCAAUCAUCAUGAAACUUGUUGAAAAGAUUGGUUUUAUAUAUAUCACAUAAUUAAUGCCAUAAUUAAUGCCUUUAGAUUCUCCAAAUUUUCAUUAUAUUAUACAAAAUCCUUGUAAACACUCUAGAGGUCACAAUUUUGUUUCAGAUUUUAUGAAUCUUGGUCAUAAUAUUUAUUUUUGUAAGCAAAGUUUGAUGUUUGGUAAGGGGGGUCGACUCAAAAUAUAGGUCACCAGGUGAAAUUUUACAAAAACAAAAACACUCCAUAUGCCAGAGUUUUGGUUCAAUAAUGAUGAAACUUGACCAGGAUAUUUGUCUGGACCAUAUCUAGGUCAAGUUUGACGUUUGGUAAAGAUUGAAUGAACCGACUCCUCUCAGGUGAGCGAACUAGGGCCAUCUUGGCCCUCUUGUUUAUUGUGGUUUUGGAGAUUUGCACUGAUGAUGUGUUAUCAUAUUUUUAAUUUGACAAACAUAAAACUUGUUUGUUCAUUGUUGAAUGAAAAUAACACAAACGUUUUAAGCAAGUUAGAUUAUGUUUUAGUGAAAACUACAAAUAUUGUUGUUAAAUCAUAUUACUUUUUGUUUAUAAUAUUAUUUGCGUGUGUUUUACUGAGUUCACAAAAAUCAUACAAGUCACAGUCUUCAUACGCAUGCAAUCACAUUUUUACUAUGAUGUUUGUAUAUAUUUUAACAAUAGUUGCAUAAUUCAAGGUCCGGUUUGAUGCAUUCAUUGUUGUAUACGCAACCGUUGUGUGCAUUUUGUUGUUGUAUAUCAAAUGUUUGCUUCCAGAAGUUGAAAAUCUUCUUAGCUUACAAUAUUUUGCUGUGUAAAUAAAAGCACAUAUUUGAUACAGAAAUGCCUUUUUAAAAGGCAAAAAUAAAAUUUCCCCUUGUUGA